AUGGGGGCCAAUGCCACACCAUUGUUCGACCUCGCACGAAGCCCUCCCAAUCAUUCAGGCAACAAGAGACUGACCACUGUAAAGGGAAAUUGCAAAUUCGGAGCCAAAUGCGCGUUGGCUCAUUAUCUUCCUGAUGGACGGCGUGUCAACAGAGCCGACCUCGAUGCUGGCCUGGCCAUGGCAAGUCGAAAUUACAACUACAGCGGCCGCCAAGAACAAACUUCAUACCAUGCUCAAGAUCCUAGCCUGGUCGACCCCAUAUUAGGUCCACCAAACUAUGGUGCCGACUAUUUCCCCAACCAAGCCUUUCCAUUGAUAGACACUGACGAGACUGAUGGAUUCCCGGACCGGUACAACCAGUAUCAGCCUCGCUCCGCCUUUGACUCUGGUUUGAAUUCACCCCCUACUUCUCAAUUUGGCUCUCCUCCCAAUGACAAUCCAUUUCCCAAAUCUCCUGUUGACAACAUUAGAACCGCGCUAAAUGCCCCUCUUCCACAAUCUUUUGAUGCCAAUGGCAUAUCGCACAUCGCCAAGUAUGGCCCCCUUGGUCAGUCGGUCCCUGACAAGUUUGGAAUGCGAUCGCCCGCGGCGUCUUCCCUUUCGAGGCAACUUGGUAGCCCGCCAGAUUCCAUUGUCAAUGUUCGGAAUGCCAACCUGGGUUCGAAUUUGCGAAAUGCUCCAUCGCCCUUAGGCCUCUCGCCGCAGAAUGUUGAGGAAUCGAUCGGACAGAGAAUCAUGCAUUCUCAAAAGGCAAUCAAAGCACGUGGAUACUCAGCAAGUGUUCCACGUUCCAAUCUUGGCAACGAAUGGGGUGAAGGGUUCGGUCUCGAAAGCGAUCUUCUACCCAACAGUCUGCACGAUGAAGUCCUGACUCCUCAGGAAAAAAUGGGGCGCUUCUCACGACCUGAGCAAGAAACAAGUUCCCGAGAUCAUGUCCAUGCGCUAGCCAUUCCUAGCGGUACAUCGAGCAAUGUGGGAUCGCCCCCUGCAGGUAGUCCAUCGCGGUUUAGUGCUCUCUGGGCGGAACAGCGAGAACGAAAGGCAGCUGAAGCCCCGGGAGCCACAGGAUUUGGUCAUGUUGGCUCACCACUACGAGGGUCGUGGAUGCCUAACGAGCCUUCACCAAGUACCCAAGUCUCAGGCAUCUCACAAGCAAUGGCACGUAUGCAGCUAAAUAGAGCCGACUUGAGUGACAUGAACGGGGCAAGAGGGCCAACAGGUAGCGUUCUUAGGCAUUCCUCUGCCCCAAUUGGCCGCCUUGACCGUGGUAUCUCCAGUCCUGGUCUCAGCUCGAAGAAGAUAGAAGAAGAGGUCGAAGGUGCUUUCUUUCCAAUGGAUGAAACGAAUUGGUCCGGUCAAUCACCAAGACUAACGCCACUGCGUGAAAAGUCCAACGGAGAUUUUUCGCGAAGCAGAAAAGAUUCCAACCUUGCCGAAGAUGUUGGUGGGAAAGCUAUGUGGGGCUAUCGAUCAUGA